GGAAUAUCAAAGCAAAAUGGGUCGUCGUAAAUCAAAAAGAAAGCCACCACCAAAGCGAAAAAAUAUCGAACCACUGGAUCAACAAUUCAAUUGCCCCUUCUGUAAUCAUGAACUGUCGUGCGAAGUGAAAAUGGACAAGACCCGAAAUACGGCCAAAAUAAGCUGUCGCAUUUGCCUCGAAGAAUAUCAGACGACAAUUAAUUUCCUGUCGGAACCUCUGGAUGUGUACAAUGAUUGGGUGGACGCUUGCGAGAGUGCAAAUUAAAG